AUGGCAUCUCUGCUGGACACCUUAGCCAGACCUGCUGCCAUCCUGCAGCUGUUGGCGCUGCUUGGUGUAACCUUUGUGCUGCUGAAGGUGCUCCAGUUCUACUGGGAGAAGAAGAAAAUCUUCAAAGCUCUGGAGGCAUUCCCUGGGCCCCCAAAACACUGGCUCCAUGGGCACAAUCACAUGGUACAUCCUGAAACCCUUUUACACGACGUGGUGUCAUGGGGAGAAAAAUACCCCUAUGCCUUUCCCAGAUGGUUUGGACCAUUCCUGCCUACUCUAAUUGUCCACCAUCCUGAAUAUGCCAAAACCAUACUUGGCCGAUCCGAUCCCAAGGGUGAUGUACCCUACAAAUUAAUAGUUCCCUGGAUUGGGGAGGGGCUGCUGGUCUUGAAUGGAAACAAAUGGUUCCACCACAGGAAGAUGAUCACCCCAGCCUUUCAUUACGAUGUGCUGAAAUCUUACGUGACCCUGAUGUCAAACUCAGUCAAAGUGAUGCUGGAUAAAUGGGACAAGAAGAUCACAGAGAAGAAGUCAGUGGAGCUCUUUCAAGAUGUCGGCUUGAUGGCACUAGACAGCAUCAUGAAAUGUGCCUUCAGUUUUAAUUCCGACUGUCAGACUGAGAGUGACUCCCACUAUUAUAUUAAAGCUGUUUAUGAACUGAGCCACCUCCUGAGCCGUAGAAUACAGACUUUUUCCUUCAAGGAUAUCUUCUAUGACUGGACUCCCAGUGGCCGUCGGUAUCGGGAUGCCUGCAAGGUGGCCCAAACCCACACAGAUCAGGUGAUACAGGAAAGAAAGAGGUUGCUCUCCAAUGAGAAGGAACGUGAAAAGAUCCAGAAGAAGAAACACCUGGAUUUUCUGGACAUUCUUCUUUGUAGCAAGGAUGCAAAUGGAGCUGCACUGUCUGAUGAGGACCUGCGUGCUGAGGUGGACACCUUCAUGUUUGAGGGUCACGAUACCACAACCAGUGGGAUCUCCUGGAUCUUCUACUGCAUGUCACUGUACCCUGAGCACCAGCAACGGUGCAGGGAGGAGAUCCAGGGCAUCCUGGGGGACCGAGAUUACGUUGAGUGGGAGGACCUUGGGAAGAUGCCCUACACCACGAUGUGCAUCAAAGAGAGCUUACGCCUGUUCCCACCGGUUCCUGCUGUGUCCCGACAGCUCUCCAAACCCGUCACAUUUCCUGAUGGACGCAGCUUGCCAGCAGAGUGCCUGGUUGGAGUGAACAUAUUUGCUAUUCACAGGAACCGGGAUGUGUGGGAGGACCCCGAGGUUUUUGAUCCCCUGAGGUUUUCUCCAGAGAACUCAGCACACAGACACUCCCAUGCUUUUGUGCCUUUCUCCGCUGGAUCCAGGAACUGCAUUGGGCAGCAGUUUGCCAUGAAUGAGAUGAAGGUGGCCCUGGCCUUGACCCUGCGUCACUUCGAGAUCCACCCAGACCCAUCCAGGAUUCCCAUCAUGAUACCACAGAUCGUCCUCAAGUCCAAAAAUGGGGUAUACGUGCAAUUGAAGAAGAUUUUGUGA